UUAUUGAUCAUGAUAUUUGCUGUGUUGCAUAUAAGUUUCGAUGUGAUCAUUGCUACUGACGACAUAUACUGCGGUACUGAGGUGAUUUGAUUUCAUCGAAGAAGUGACGACGACGAAACGUUAACAACCAUGAGGAUUGUGCCAGCAUCAGUUGACUUCAAUGAGAAGGAUUCAACAACUUUUCGUAAUUACGGGACCGGAGACACGCCCUCCGAAAUUCGCGUACGAGAGACAUACGAGAAGUUGCACACGUAUCAAACCGUCGACUUCGUCAAGGGCAGAAUAGCGAAAUGGGGCAAGUUUGAUCAUUUCAAAGCAAGUGUUAUGGACACUCUCGAAAGGCUUUCCACGUUUCUGGACGAAACCGAUCCAGACAUGGACCUGCCCAACAUAAUCCACGCAUUUCAAACGGCCGAGAGGAUCCGAGAGAAACAUCCGGACAUGGACUGGUUUCACCUCACGGGACUUAUCCACGACCUCGAAAUAGCGAAAUGGGGCAAGUUUGAUCAUUUCAAAGCAAGUGUUAUGGACACUCUCGAAAGGCUUUCCACGUUUCUGGACGAAACCGAUCCAGACAUGGACCUGCCCAACAUAAUCCACGCAUUUCAAACGGCCGAGAGGAUCCGAGAGAAACAUCCGGACAUGGACUGGUUUCACCUCACGGGACUUAUCCACGACCUCGGAAAGAUCAUGGCCUUCUACGGAGAACCACAGUGGGCAGUUGCAGGAGACACGCACCCAGUGGGAUGCGAGUUCGCCAAAUCAAUAGUUUACCGUGAACGUACUUUCGACGCCAAUCCCGACCUUCAUGAUUCCCGUUACAACUCGAAAUACGGUGUGUACCAGCCGAAUUGCGGCCUGAGGAACGUGACCAUGACUUGGGGCCACGACGAAUACAUGUUCCGUAUCCUUGAGCACAACAAAUGCUCCUUGCCGCCCGAGGCAUUAUUCCAUUCUUUCUAUCCAUGGCACACGGGUGGAGAUUACAUGCACUUAUGCGACGAGUACGAUUUGAAAAUGCUUCCGAUGGUGCAAGCAUUCCAGUAAGUUGAAAUAAACACUAACAG